AUAACAAUGUUUACGACGUUGUUGGGCUUUUACGUUUCACUUCGACUUCUUCUUUGCUUUUGUUUUUGUUUUUUUGCAUUUUUCCUCCUUGCAUUUCCGACAACGACAUUUGCUUUGUGCUCCAUUAUUUCGCAUUUUGUUGCUGCUGUUAUUGUCGAAAGGACACAAAGCAACAAGACACACACACACAUACAACGGUACGUGUACAUGAGCUCCCAUUUUCUUGACUUGUACAUACGGCCCGUUUACGAUUGGUCCAACGCAUGCGCGUGCUCCGCCUGGAGCAUUUGCAUUGCACUUUUGCACACAUCCGAGGGAAAUUUCAACAGCGCUGCGAAUAAACGGAUGUAUGUCUGUCGGUAUUUGCAUGCGACUGGAAAGAUGGCUGUCGCCGUUAUAUGCGAAUGCCACACGGACUGUUGAACACGGAGCUGCGCACUGGACGCGCGCAAUUUGUUGUUCUUCGAUGCGAUGACACAAAAUAUGGCGUUGACUGUGCGGUAAUAAAUUUCUACUGGCAAUGGCGGCGCUCUCCGGGAAGUUUAUAUAUUUCUAUUUAUAUAUAUUCGCAACUUUCCAUCACAAAGCAUAACUUAACACAAAUAACAGUAUAACAGUGAGUUUUCUCCUCCAUUUUGUCAUUGAGAAAAUUUCCCUCUGGCGUUUUGGCCGCUGCUUUAUCAGCUAAUAAUGCAAAGCGCAUUUUUCUCCAAACGCCAGCAAUAUCAGAGAUCCAUAGUCAUUCAAGCAUAUUUGUAGCGUUUUGUUAGUCAACAAUAUAAUACGGAUCGUCGCCUUUAUUUAUUUGUAGUAAAGCAGUGUUGAAAAUUUCGAAAACUAGUCAAUUUGCAAAUAACCUUAUAUGUACGAUAAAUAAAAUUUUAAUAACAAACGCGCUCAAAAGUUCAACAUAUUAAAUUCUCAAAUUUUAUAAAGUGAAAGUGACAAAAUAAAAUACAAAAAUAUAUUAAAAACAAAGAAAUAUUAAUGAUUUCUUCCACAAUUAAACUCGGCAAUGAUUGACGAACAGCAUCCCAUACAAGUUGCCACGUUACCAUUGGGCCUCAAGUGUCAUACGCCAAUACAACAACAAUCACAACAACAACAACAAGCGUCACCACAACAGCAAUCCACAAGCAUGAUGAUGAGCGGAAGUCAAAGAAUGUUAACAACACUGGCUACAACAACAUUGAAAGCAACAACUUCCGGCGCGGCGACAACAAGUGACACUGGAACUGCCGGUACAACGCACGAGGCGACCAAAGCGUUGUCAACACCCAGUAGUACAGCGCAAACGGUGCCAGCAACAAUGGUGGCCGCAACAGCAUUGACGGCCAUUAGCAGCAGUGCAGGGAUGGGGAGUGUAACUGGCGCUUCAGCAAUGACAGUUGGCGCUCCGGUGCCCACUGCCAGAGAGCUCUUGUGCGCUGGUGGUGCUGGCGGUGGUGGUGUCGGUGUCAACGGCGUGGCCUGCGGUGAAAUAAACGGAAAUCCGACAACACCAACCGCAACGGCAGCAUCGGCAGCUUCACCAUUUUAUACAAAUGUCAUAGGAAAUUGCAAUGGCCACAAAAAUAAUAGCAAUGCCAGUGCCAAUGAUAACAAAUGUUACGGCAGUGUCAAUAUGAAAGCGGGCGGCGUUGGACAAAGGCUAGAAGCGCAACAGCAACAAUUGCAGUUACAACAACAACACAUGCAGUUACAACAGCAACAGCAGCAACAAAUGGCGCUGCAUGUACCAGUCACCGGUCCGGGACCUGGACGACCACCCUCCACUUGCUCUCCAAACCCCUUGAAUCACUCUUUGUACGCCAACGAUAGGCAGGCAUUGGCCGAUUUCAAUAUGAAUGUUGUUGGCAACAAUGAAGCAAUCGGUGGUAUUGGUAUUGUUGACAGCGAUGCUUGCACCAUGGCUGCCAUGUAUAACGCAAGCAACAACAACAACAAUAACAAUUGCAUUGACCACAACGGUAAUAGUAACCUUACUAAUUGCCUGAAUGGCAACAAUGACAAUACAAAUAAUACCAGCAACAACAACAACAACAACAGCAUGUUCCUUGCCAUGCAACGUCACACGGCGGACAACUGCGCCACCUUGCAACAAAAACAUCAACAACAACAACAACAUUUACAAAUGCAUUUCGGCACACAUUUGCACACAGCAUUUCCAAGCGAAGACCAUUCGCCCUGUCCAACGCCUCCCAUACCUCCGGCUCUCCGUAAUGGCGGCAACAAAUGUGAUGCGUUCUCCAGCGCCACCGCCGCUGCCAUGCUUGGACUGCCUGUGGCAUUGCCUUUGUCAUUGUCACUGCACUUGCCAUUGUCAUCGUCAGCGGCAGCAGCCGCCGCCUGUCGCACCGCCUUAACAUCGGACGCUGCGGCAGUAGCAGCAGCAGCAGCGCACUGUGCCUAUUGUUGUCAGCCAAUUUGUGAUCGUUAUAUAAUGCGUGUCGUGGACACUUCAUUUCACGAGGGAUGCCUCAAGUGUGCCACUUGUGCGCUGCACUUGGUGCACUCCUGUUAUGCGCGCGAUGGCAAACUCUAUUGUCGCAUCGACUAUGAAAGACAAUUUCUGCGCAAUCGCUGUCUCGGCUGUGGUCACCGAAUCGCCUGCGAUGAGCUGGUUAUGAGAACCUUUGACAGUGUUUUCCAUUUAAAGUGCUUUGCCUGCGUCGUUUGCGGAGGACUCUUGAAGAAGGGUGAACAGUACGUGGUGAAACAGGGUCAACUAUUUUGUCGUUUGGACUAUGAAAAAGAAGUCGAGAUGCUGCAAGGAUAUGAUUUCUACGGCGAUGACUUGUUUGCACCUAAAUUGGAUGGGAGGCGUGGACCUAAACGCCCACGCACCAUACUCAAUACACAGCAAAGGCGCGCCUUCAAAGCAUCCUUUGAACUGUCACCGAAACCCUGUCGUAAAGUGAGAGAGAACUUGGCAAAAGAGACUGGCUUAAGUUUAAGAAUUGUGCAGGUUUGGUUUCAAAAUCAACGCGCCAAAGUGAAAAAAAUCCAAAAGAAAGCAAAACAAGAGCAUACGAAGGGUGCCAGCGACUCACAGGAUUCUCAAGAAUCGGACAGCAGCAAUUUGGCGAAGAUUAAAGACGAGGCGCACAGCGACAGCGAAUCGCUACUGGAGUCACCGUUUUCCGCGUGCGGCAGCAGUGGCGGUGCAGGUGCUGGUGGAGGUGGCGGCGGCGGCGUCAUCGCCUCUUGUGCAGAUGGCGCGGUAAAAAUGCGCUCCAUCAAAGACGAAAAUGAGAAUACGUCAUUUAAUUGCAUGGAAACCAAUAAAGAAAACUGCAACAAAACGAAUGAGCCUUUUCUGAGUACCGUGCUCGGCCUGAGCUACUCCACAUUUCAACAGCUGAUGGGACCGCUGACGCAAUCGCCCAUGAUCAAUCCUAUCGAUCGACUCUACAGCAUGCAGAAUUCCUACUUUCGGCCGGAGGAACUGGCAUAUAACGGUUGUUCCAAAGAUUUGGUUGAGCCUUAGAAUUGAUUGUAGAGUAAA